CCUUCACUUAUUUGUUGCAUUAGCAAUAAUGUUUUCAUUUAGCACUGCUGUAAACAGCUUGGGUCAGAGUGGGCCACCUUGUCUGACCCGCCUGUCUAUCAGGAAAGCAUCUCCCGUAAAUUCCAGCCGGUUACAAGUUUUACUUUGGCCGUAUAUAUUUUUGAUUGUGUUUACAUCAUGCCGCCUCGUCGAAAGUGCUGGGUCUGGUACUCACAUUGGUAGUAAUAACAUUAUUAGCCCAGACUCACAUAUUGGGAACGAUUGUAAUAUUGGAAGCAACAAUAUAAUUUACAAAAAAUCGUAUAUUGGGAACGAUUGUACUAUUGGGAACAAUGUAGUUAUAGAAAAUUCGCAUAUUGGAGACGGUUGUAAAAUUGCGAAUAACGAAGUUAUCACAAAUUCGCAUAUUGGGAGCGCUUGUAAUAUUGCUAACAACGAGGCCAUCACAAAUUCGUAUAUUGGGAACGGUUGUAAUAUUGAAAACAAUGUGAUUAUCUCAAAUUCAAAUAUUGGGAACUAUUGUAGGAUUGGAAACAAUGUAAAUGUCGUGGGAAGCCGAAUUUUGAAUAAUGUUAAUAUUAUGGUCAAUAGCAAGGUUAUUAACUCCUUUGUAGGCGAUAACGUUGUCAUUCCUGUAAAUUCUAUAGUAGUAAAUCGCUCGCAAUAAUGCUGUGAGAUUUAAUCUUUAAUUUGUGAGGCCCUGGGCUAAUAAUAAUUAUUAUUUAAGAUAAAUAAGAAAGAAGGUAAGAAAAAUAGUUAUUUGAUCCCUGUUCCAUUAGUUUGGUUGUGGUGUUACAUAAAAAGACAAUUGCCGUUAAGUUUUUGUAGGAGUUAAGAUGUGUCAGU